UGCCGUAGAGACUGUUGCAGACAGUUUGCGGUAACCUCCGGCGGUUGUACAAGAUUUCAGAAGUAGACUUGAAAGAAACCUGUGUGAGACUUUGCAAAAAACUGGAUAUAAUGGAUAAGUCUGUGCAUGAUCUGCGGACACUUUGAGACGCAUCACAGCAGACGUCUCGAUUCCAGCUCCAUCAUGGCAUCAACGCUGAUCUCCGUCCCGACAACGGCGUCACGCUUCGCCCUGCUGCAGGUGGACUCGGAUUCAGACAGCGACUCCGACACGGGAAAAGCCAAAUCGUCUCGAGAAACCGGCAAAUCCUCACGAUCAGGGAAGUCUGCUGGCGGCAAGAACAAUCAGAACACUGACAAAAAGAAAGACAAGAAGAAACGGAAGAAGGAGCAGCAGCAAAGUGAAACCAAUGAGCUCAGGAACCUCGCCUUUAAGAAGCUGCCUCAGAAAUCCUCAGCGCCUCCAUCUAACUUGACACUCCAGGGUUUAGCCAGUGAGCUGCUUCAUUCCACGGAUGGCACCUCCGCUCCCCAGGAAAGCUGGCAGGAGUGGAAACAGAGAGAUGAGCGGCUGACCAGCGAGUUGUACGAGGCAGACCUGGAAAAGGCCUUGAUGCUGAGUAAACUGGAGUUUGAGCAGCAGAAAAAGGAUGCUGUGAGCACCGAGAACGCAUCACCCAAAGCCAAAGGAGGAGGAGGGAAGAAAGAGAAGAAAAAGAAUCAACAAGGGAAAGAUAAACGCAUCACGGUAUCUCUGAAAGACUUUCAGCAGGAGGGAAACAUGGAUCCGCCGAGUAAGAGGUCAGAGAGAGAGGAGCCAAAGCCUGCAAACCCAUCGGUGCACGAAAAGAGAUUCUUUAACCAACUGGAGGACGACGUAAACCGAAUCGUACAGAGAGACAAGCGUCGAGAGCAGUAUAGCUGCAGCGCAGGCCAAGAGCUUAACACCUCCUCUGAACAAGAACAGGAUGUAAGAACUGAACAGUUAAAGUUUCAGUUAGAAAAGAAAGACCAGGAAAUAGAAAAAUUGAAGAAAACCAUUUCUCAGUGGGAGGAGAGAUAUAAAGAAGUGAAGGCAAGAAAUGCCCAGUUACUCAAGAUGCUCCAACAAGGAGAGAUGAAGGACAAAGCGGAAAUCUUGCAGCAAGUAGAGGAGCUUUUGAAUAUAAAAGAGGAACUGACAAAACAGGUGACGUUGCUGCAUGUGUCCUUAGAACAGGAGAGGUCGAAGGUGAAGGGACUGCAGUCAGAACAACCGAAACAUCAAACCAACCGGAAGGGAAAGAAAGGACCAGAGGGAGAUUUGUGAAGAUCAGACACGGAUGUGAAUGAACAGUUUCAUUCCUCCCACUUCUCCAGCACUGACCCACACCCGACUCACUCAUCUCAUCUCAUAUGUCAGACAUAAAAAGUUCUUCCUCUCCUUCAUGGCUGCAGUCUUAUUUGCUUCAUAAUGGCUAUGUGGGUAAAAGUUGCCCUUGUGUGCUGCUAGAUUUAAAAGUUACGUAUUGGGUUUUUGUUUUGUUUUUUUGGAAACGGAUUCAGUAUUUGCUUGGGAUUUUGACAUGCAGUGGUUGGUGGACAUGAUAUGAUCUGAUUAACCAGGGUCGAGUUUCCCAGAAGCAUUACGAGCUGCUAUUAUAAAUGCUGUCACAGAGCAGGAUUUAUAGUGCUGUGGAGAAAACCGGACCCAAGUUCCAUCCUGAACCACAAACAGGACUGAAAUCAGUAUAAAUGGGCAACUUCUACUAACACAAUUUGAAAUCUUGAGUCAUUUUGUCUGGACUGGUUUGCCAGCUACUGGUGAAAAAGUGCCAGGGCAUUUCAUCCACAAAGCAAACUAUCCACUUUACUCUGUACUUCACAAUAAAUGGAAGGGUGUACUUUUGAGUUCUUUUUAAUAAAGACACCAGUCUACUUUUUCAGUGA